AUGACUUGCCUUACGUUGUCUAAACUCGACUUUACUGAACAUCUGGCUCUGGGCGCCUGGUCAUUACGUCUUAAUUGACCUCAUCAUCAAUGCUAUGCAUUUUCGCCUUGCUUGUAUCUAGCUAUGAUUUUGGAUACAAUUCGUGCCGUUCAAGAAACAGUGGCUUACUUUAGCCAACGUGACCAGAUUGUUGGCUAUUUGCCAACAGGACAGAUGCUACAGGUGGACAGCUGUUGUUCAUCAUCGUCAUCGACUACUAGCAGUACCACAACCACUGCAUCUUCCUCGGCUGGAAACUUGGGCAACCCAAGAAGCUCAUCUGCCACCCGUCUGGUUAUAAGACAAAAUGCCGUUCUCGCAGUGGUCGGUCCUUUAAGUGUUCUUUUAUCUGACGGACUUCUUCCUCCGGCCAGGCAGAUAUUCACAGGAAAGCCUCGUUCUCGACUAUGGCAAAUGGUUGAAGAAGGCUGUCGGUCAGGUAUGGAUUGUUACAGUAACGUACGAUAG